AUGGUCAACUUCACCCUUAACGUCGCCGUCUUGGCUCUGGUGGCCUCAGUGGCAGCUGCCCCAGCCACAGCUGACGCUUCUUCAACCACCUUCUCCUUCGCUCGAUGGGUUGAAGAUAUUAUCGCCAACCCGGACACAGCCCUCUCACCCGCCGAAGCAAUCGUGGCAGCGAAUGCUACUGAGGUUGUCAGCACGGCAGGCGGUCUCCAAAAGAGAGCCAACUGUCAGCCGACAUUUCCAGAUGCGCCUGCACCCGACGCAGCAGCCUGCCUUAAUGAUCUCGCUCGCAAGGGCGCUAAUGGUCAACACUGUGCUAUGGGGACGCGUGUCUUCGAAAUUGAGAUGUGUCGAAUUGGUGGUGCGCAGAUUGUUGCCAGCAGAGGCGGUUUGGCGGCGCAAAGUGUCAAUUGCCAGGAUGUCGCUCGCACGGGCGGGUUGAUCUUUGACAGCUGCUUCCGAGCGGACAACACAGUCAAGGGCAGCGAGAUUUGUAUUACCAACAGGUUGAUGCAGAUCAAUAUCAGUGGAGUCUGAGGCUCUAGGGGAAUAUCGUAAAGUCUGGGAGGGAGAUGGUUCACAGUUGUCCAGGUGUAGGGUAUAAGGUAAGUAGCAUUGUUCGAAAAAUAAGGAAUCUUUCGCGCACACAAGAAAAGAAAAGGGAACGGAUUGCAGUGCCCCCAAAGCCUUCUCACAUUGUAAAAGAUUACCGGUGUUUUCCUCCACAAAACUUGCAAAGUUUCUCAGAAACCCAUACUUUCCAU